UGCGCCCUUUCUGCCUCCUGCUUGUCUACUUUGUUAUCUUUCAAAGUGGAAUCACCCGACCGGACGCUGGCACAAAUAAACAGAGGUUGCUGGAAAAGCUCAGCAGGUCUGGCAGCAUCUGUGGAGCGAGAUCAGUGUUGACGCUUUGGAGGUCCAGUGUGGGACGGAGGCGGUGGCCAUCUUUGAUAAUGGCAGUGCUCGAUUCCUGGCGCUGGCGGCCGCCAUCUUUGAUGAUGGCCUCCAUAUUUUCAACGGUUAAAGGUUGACCUACGGGAUUGGGCGUCACUGCAGCCGCGAGUUUUGAGUUUUCGGCGUCUCUGAUUUACAAUCUUGAAUGCCCGUCUGCAGCCUUGGGCCUCGUGUGUGUUUGAAGUGCAAAUCACGUGACCGAGGCCCGGAAAUGACGGUGGCUGUGGGUGGUGCCAUGGUAACCGCCCAGUGGUUGGAGAGUCGGGGAGAGGCCUUCACUCGGUCGAGGAGAUUUGCUGUCCAGGUCGGUGUUGAUGUUGUUCCCUGUGCAAACUCCGUCUCUAGACAGAAUUACAACACAUAAUCUCAGUCUCUCCGGUACUGUUCUGAACUUAAUUUUAUUUUGAACAGCCUACCAUAGCUUUUGUCUCAAGAAAUGGAAACCUCAGCAACAGAAACGAUCCUGAUCACUGGCGGGGCAGGUUAUUUAGGAUACAGGUUGGGCUGUGCCCUGCACAGGGUGGGCAGAAAAGUGAUCCUCUUUGACAUCCAAAAGCCCAUUCAGCAUGUGCCUGACACGGUAGCCUUUAUAAAGGGAGAUAUUUGCAACUACCAGGAAGUGGACCAUGUAAUAAGGAAUGCAGAUUGUGUUUUCCAUUUAGCUUCGUAUGGCAUGUCUGGAAGGGAACAAUUAAAUAAAAAAUUAAUAGAGGACGUCAAUGUUAAAGGGACAGAGCAUGUGAUCCAAGCAUGCCUGAACAAUGGGAUAUCAAGACUGCUUUACACAAGUACAUAUAAUGUUGUAUUUGGAGGCCAAGUAAUUAAAAAUGGGGAUGAAUCUCUCCCUUAUCUUCCACUGCAUCUUCAUCCAGAUCAUUACUCAAGGACUAAAUCUUUAGCGGAGAUGAAGGUGCUUCAAGCAAAUGGAACAAAGCUAAAGAAAGGCACUGGUGUUUUAUACACCUGUGCCCUGCGCCCAGCAGGCAUUUAUGGACCUGGUGAGCAAAGACAUCUUCCCAGAAUAGUUAAUUAUAUAGAGAGUGGACUCUUCAAGUUUUUGUAUGGAGCAGCAGAUAGUUUGGUGGAAUUUGUCCAUGUUGACAACCUUGUUUCUGCGCACAUACUUGCAUCAGAAGCUCUAACAGGAAGAAAAAAUCACAUUGCUGGUGGCCAAGCUUAUUUUAUCUCUGAUGGCAAGCCAGUGAAUAACUUCGAAUUUUUCAAACCAUUAGUAGAAGGCCUUGGAUACAAAUACCCUACAAUUCGGCUGCCACUCAGACUGGUCUAUUUUGUUGCUUUCCUCACUGAAAUCAUUCAUUUUUGUGUUGGCAGCAUUUAUAAUUUUCAACCAUUUUUGACUCGCACAGAAGUUUAUAAAACAGGAGUCACUCAUUAUUUCAGCCUGCAGAAAGCUAGGAAAGAACUAGGGUACAACCCACAGGAACAUAACCUUGGUGAUGUUGUGGAGUGGUUCAAAACACGUGGUCAUGGGCGGAAGGUAACUGGCUACAAUAUUAAAUGCUUUAUAUGGGAUGUGAUUUUUUUAAUGUUGCUGUCGGCUGUUAUCAUGUCUUGGAUUCCAGUAGUUUCAGCAUAGUGUUCAAUGUAGUUUGUUUCAUUUGACAUUCCUCACUGCCUGGACUCUAGUUGGAAUGUUUUGAAAAUAGAGGCUACAACCUGAGUCUCAGUAUGUUACCAUAUUUCAAGGAAUUAUCUAGACUGCACAACCUGUGACAGACAAAGGUACAAAUGUCUGGUUUAGUUUGUAAGUUGUCCAAAUGUCGCAUCAUGGCAAGUUCUUUAUUGCGGUCAGUUAUUUCUUUUACAUGUAUCAUUGUAGUGUUUUAAUAUUGAAAUACUUUUUGAAAAAGGGAAAUUUAAAGAAAGCUUUUGGCAUGUAGCAUAGAAGACAAUACAAUGCCUGUCACGUCUUCUGUCCUUAUAAUCUUCAGUUGUCUGUUAGGCAAAACAAUGAGCUAAAAUCCUUAAUGUUCUUUUUAAAAAAAACUCACAGACAUCAGGGACAAUUUUGAUCAUGUGGUGAAGGAAAUGAUUCAUAAUGGGUAAAUUUGGAAUUAUCUUUGUCCUCCAGAAUACUGAUGGGGAAGCAAUAUUUCAUUGAUUUAAAUCCCUAUUUCAUAGAACAUAGAACAAUAUAGCACAGUACGGACUCAUCGCCCCUUGAUGUUGUGCCAAUCUUUUAUCCUACUCUUAAGAUCAGACUGACCUACAUAGCCUCCAUUGUACUAUAUUCCAUGUGCCUAUCCAAGAGUUGCUUAAAUGCCCUGAAUGUAUCUGAUUCUACUAUCACUGCUGGCAGUGCAUUCCAUACACGCACCAC